AUGUUAGUAAACAAAACAUGGUAUAAAGAAGGAUGUCGACGAUUACAUAUAGAUCGAGAUGACAUAAUGGAAUGGUUAAAAUUAAAAAGGAUCAAUAAAUUGGGUAGCUUUAUAAGAUGUCAAAAUCUUGAUAGGUUAGAUGAAUAUGGUAGGAUAAUUAAAAAGCUUAAGAAAAUUCGUGAAAAAUUAAAUGAAUCGCAUUUGAUUGCACAUAACAAUUAUUACGAAGCAUUGAGAAAUCUUCCAGAUACAUUUGAUUUCUGGCCUAUUGAAGCUCUCAUUUAUGAAAUUUUGAAAGAUUAA